CGUGGCAUGUCUCAGUCAAGUUGCCUUGGAUAGUAAAGGCAUCUUUCUUGAGAGGAGUACUACACUGCACCAUCGGCUUUGGAUCAGACAACAGCCACCAUGAUGAUGCUACUGGUAGAAGAUCUGAUGACAAGCAAAAAGUCAGAUGAUAGAGAAACAGGGGAUUUCCUUCCGGAGGACUUCAAAGAUGGAGAAUAUGAAGCUACAGUGAGAUUAGAGAAACAAGAGGACCUGAAGACGGUCAUUGAUCCCUCAGUGACACGGCGCAAUCUCACUUACAAAGAGGAGAAGGAGCUGCAAGCUGAGCUCAAAAGAAAGAAACUAGAGGCAAGAUCAAAACUUGAAAACCUGGAAGAUCUUGAAAAAAUCAUUAAUCUGAAGAAAAGAAAAAAAGUUAAGAAGGUCAAAGUCCCUGUUUUCAAGGACCCUGAGCAAGAAGUUAUAACAGGACCUGUGGAUGUCCCCACAUUUUUAAAAGCUGCCUUGGAGAACAAGAUGCCAGUGAUUGAAAAGUAUUUGGCAGACAAAGGGGAUCCAGAUGCUUGUGAUGAGUAUAAGCGUACGGCUUUGCACAGGGCAUGCUCACAAGGACAUCUGGAAGUUGUGGAAAAGUUAGUAGAAGCUGGGGCUCAACUUGAAUUCCAAGAUAUGCUUGAAUCAACAGCUAUUCAUUGGACGUGUCGAGGUGGAAAUGUAGAAGUCCUGAAAUUCCUGUUAAACAAAGGAAUAAACAGAAAUGCAAAAGACAAGUUGCUCAGCAGCCCUUUGCAUGUGGCAGUAAGGACAGGCCAAUAUGAAUGUGGAGAACAUCUCAUUGCCUGUGAAGCAGAUCUCAAUGCCAAAGACAGAGAGGGUGAUUCUCCUAUGCAUGAUGCAGUGAGAUUAAAUCGAUAUAAAAUGAUUCGACUCCUGAUUCUCUAUGGUGCCAACCUGAAUGUAAAGAACACUGAAGGGAAAACUCCAAUGGAUCUUGUUCUACAGUGGCAAAAUGGCACCAAGGAAAUUUUCAACAGCCUGAAGGAGAAUGCUUAUAAGAAUUCUCCCAUUGAUACAUUCUGAAAACCAAGGCUUCAGUGAAUGACAGUUUCUUUGCAAAUGGCACAAUUGCCAGCAUGAAUGAACAGCGUGAAGAACAGUUCCAUGAUAAGGGAUGCCAUAUUUUCCUCACCAAGCAAGUGGUUUAUUGCCUUUGUUAAGCCACAUGGAAUAAGUCUGAGGACUAAAUAUUCAAAGGCAUGGCUUGAGUGUUACAAUUCCACUGAUUUCAAGUCUUUUUUUUUUUUUAAUUCCUAUUUAUAUCUUGUAUUCCAUUCUUCCCUCUUUCUUGGGUAAAGUUUCUUUGGCUAUUGUUUCUCUGCUGAUCUUUCAAAAAGUCAUGUUGAUACUACAGUUGUAGCGGGUUACUGAUGUGAUAAUCAGCUAGGAGCAUUUAUACAAAACAAUCACAUUUCAGAAUAUAUUAGCAGCUUCCCAACAAGCUUCUCUUCCCCACAACCUAAACCCAACAUAAUUAAUUUUUUAAGUGUUAUCCAACAUUUCUGCUGAAUUGCUAUUAUCAGAGUAAACUGUUAAAGCAAAAGAAUGGGGGCUGGAGAACAGCAGUAUGGAAAGCAAUGAAAUUACGAAGGAACAGUGGAAGUAGAAUUAAAAAGGAACAGAUCUGCUUUUUGAGUAAAGUUUAUUAAGAAGGGUAGACCAGUUUUUACCCCAAAUAAUGGAAACUGAACUACAAACUUCAAAACAGAAAGUUACACAGAGGAAAGUGUUGAAGUGAAGUUAGAGAAAAUGCAGUGAUAUUUUCAAUGCUCGGUAAGGGAGGAAAAGUUCUGUAUAUUUGUAUGGCUUUUUAUGUACAUUUUGUAUUAAAUUCUCUCCAAGAUUUAA